CCUUUUUACUCUUUUUUUUUUGUUUCUCUUGCUACCCCUCAUUGAGCCACUUGAGCCAGGAGCAGAUGGAAAGAUUGUAGAGUGGGCAAAGUAAGCAAGCAGGACAGAGCCAGAGGGAGAGAGAACUGUUGAAGCCAUGCAGAGAGUGAGGCAGCGCAGUGACGAUGCUUGAUGAACUGAGCGGCUGACCACCAGAAACGGCUUUUUUCCUCUUCGAGUCCUAGAGACAUCAAGGAAUCAGACAGGAAAAGACCAGAGCGGAGACAUUCGAUUCAUCGUAUCAACUGAAGUGGAGAGCUCAAAAGAAAAAAAUAGAAAAGUUAAGAGUUAAGAGACGAGGACAAAGAGGGGGAGUUCCACAGAUGAGAGGAAGAAGGUAGACGCUUAGUGUGACCAAAUAAAGAAAAGUGCCAGGAGCGAAACAAGUGUGUCCACGGGGACUAAUCAAAGAAAAGGCCGACUGGCAGGGUCGCCGCCGGAACAAAAAAUCCUUGCAAGCGGAAAAUAGGAAGGGACAGACAGAAGUUUGAGCAAAACAGAUUAAAGAUAAAUAACGCUAAAGAUGGCCAACUCAGGUCUCCAGUUGUUGGGUUACUUCCUGGCUUUAGGCGGCUGGAUCGGCAUCAUCUCCACAACCUCUUUGCCCCAGUGGAAGCAGUCGUCGUACGCCGGGGACGCCAUCAUCACCGCCGUGGGUCUGUACGAGGGUCUGUGGAUGAGCUGCGCCUCGCAGAGCACAGGACAGGUGCAGUGCAAGAUCUUUGACUCCAUGCUCUCGCUGGACAUCCACAUACAGACAUGUCGAGCCCUCAUGGUGGUCUCUGUGCUGCUGGGCUUCAUCGGCAUCAUCGUCAGCGUGGUGGGCAUGAAGUGCACCAAGGUGGGGGACAACAACCCGGUCACCAAGACUCGCAUCGCUGUGACUGGCGGGGCUCUGUUUCUGCUCGCAGGUCUAUGCACGCUCGUGUCUGUGUCCUGGUACGCCACUCAGGUGUCCUAUCAGUUCUUCAAUCCAAACACACCGCCCAACGCCAGAUAUGAGUUUGGCUCGGCCCUGUUCGUAGGCUGGGCGGCAGCCAGUCUGACGGUCCUCGGCGGCUCCUUGCUGUGCUGCUCCUGCUCUAAAGAAGACAUUCGAGGACAGCAGUAUUACCGCCAAUCACAGCCUUCCACAGCCAGGGAGGCAGAGUUGUUGAGUGAAACUAGUUUCCCCGACUGAUCAGUCCCCCCUGCCUUUUUAUCGAGGACUGUCCCGACUGUCCGACUUCUGUCUCCCCUACUUUCUUUUACUCGCUCCCGUUUUCUCUGAGACCAAAAUUUGGACCUCUUGUAGUAGAAUACCCCCUUUUCUUCAUUACUAUUUCUGCACCUUGAUGGGAACCAAGAUGCAUUGACGUCUUACAUUUUGUCCCCUAAGUUCUGAGCCUUUUCUGUAAAUAUGGACUCCUAAAGGACGAUGAUUAAGACCUUUAAUUUAUUAGAGUGGCCUCCUCUGAUUCUGUGUGAACACCUCCCACGCCCUCCUUUGUGUCACUGCUGGCCAAACGUUAACAAUGAGUACAACCUCUUUCUGUGGUUUUUGUUUUGCGCUGAUUCAUGAUUUCUCUUAUAUCCUAUGACCUCUGGGUGUUUUUGUAAUAUUUGUCUUUAGGGUUAACAUUUGUGCGCUGUGACUGUACCUUGACUGAAACGUGUUCUUUUUCCCUUUUGAAUUGCAGACCAAAUGUUAAAAGUACCCCACCAGAGAAAAGGGAGCAGUACUUGUAGUUUGGGAGAGUCUUCUGGCCUUACCAUGGUUUAGAUUCUGUCUACAGACAAAAAACUCUCCCUGAGGACUUCAAAACAGACACACAGACAUCAUUAAAGGAAGCAUUUAUUAACAUCAAGCACAUUGCAGAAACAUAAAUUGGAGUCUUUGUUGUAAAAAAGAAUGAUCGUAGAAGAAGACGACAUCUUUUGGAGUUUUAGAGGUUUUUUUGUGUAGAUAUUCUGUUCUUGUCUGUUUUGCUGACUCUGGGAGAGACAGUCAUUCAGGGUAUGUUUUCUAUAACAUGUUAAAAUGCCUGGGUGUAUAUACCACCUACUUCAUUCGUUUUUUACUACAUAUAUAAUGUCUUACUACAGUGCAUUAUAACACAUUUUUGUGCACAUGUCUGUUUCUGACUUCUUCAUAGCCUCCUCUUCCAUCUUGAGGGACGUGUGUGUCCAUAGUUCUGUGUGCCUUUUUUUUCUAUUGUCAAACUUCUGGAAAUGAAUGUGAAGCUACUCUGCAGUACCACUUAUGAAACAACAGACAUACGAUAGAUCUGAAGCAUAGUGCCUUGUGUGCCACUGUUUGUAUUACAGCUGUGUGCCUGUUUUCAUUUAGCCUGGAUUGAGGAUAUACCCAGUGCCUUUUUUCGUUAAGUGCCAAUAUGAUUUUGUGUGAAUGACAUGACAGAGUCGUUGCGUUAUAGACUCCAGGAUGUACUGUACUGUGUGUUGUCUCCUGUACUAAGGAACGCUGGUUGGCUGAGCGUUCAAGCCUGCAUUAUUUACAACGGCGUUCAUCCCUCUAAUAUUUACCACCCUCAAUGUUGUGUAUCAUCUCCUUUACAGUAUACCCCUGUCUGUUUCUUUUAGAAUAAAGCAAACAGAGAGAAAAGAAAAUGAA